GCCAGGGUCUCCAAUUUGGGACCAGUCAGCUGGAAGAGAUGGGCGCCAUGUUCUGCCUGGGCCUCCUCUUCCUGGAACUCAAGUCAGCCAGCUGCAGCCACCAGUUCCUGUCCCGUGCUGUCACUCUGCUGGACGCCCACAGGGAUGCCCUGGACUACCACCUGCAGCGCAGCAGCAGCCGUGCUGGCAGCACCCUGGCCCAGGAGCUAGAUGACGAGCCCCCCUGCCUGGAGGAGAUCGACUACAGUGGAGACUCGGACCAGGAAGGGAGCCUCUCGGAGCUGGACCGGCACAUCCAGGAGUGCGCCUUCUACCAGGACGAGGGCCCCGCGGCAGAGGAGGGCGCAGGGCAGGGUGGAAGAGGCACCAAGUAGCUCUGGGUUCAUGGCAGCCUGUGUGUCCCCACCACUGGGCGGAGACUCUGCUGCUCUGCUGCUGCCACUUCAUCUCCACACUCACACUCACACUCACUCACUCCACACUCACACUCACACUCACACUCACACUCACUCCACACUCACACUCCACACUC